AUGAUUGCCUCUGUCGUCGUGCUCGCGGCCACUGCAUUUACGUUUGCUUCGGCGGCGUGCACAGCACCAGCGAAGCGAGUGGCAUGGCAGGAUAUGAAGGCGGCAGACAAGGAAGCUUAUUUGAAGGCAACAACUUGUUUGCUCUCGUCGCCAGCCAAGACCAAGUUACCAGGCGUGAAGACGAGAUGGGACGACCUCGCAUCGCUUCACCAACUCCAUGCACUGCAGAUACAUAGCACGGGCCUUUUUCUACCGUACCAUCGCUACUUCUUGCAUGUACACGAACACCUGGUUAGGGAGUGCGGAUACCAAGGCCCCAUGAGCUACUGGGACGAGCCACGAGACGCGGGCUCAUUCUCCAAAUCCACAGUCCUCGAUGGCAAGCUCGGGUUUGGUGGUAGCGGCAAAGGUUCCAAGAACUGCCUCGCAGAUGGGCCCUUCGUCAACGCCACCGUGAACAUCGGCCCAGGCUUCAAGACGGAUCCUCGUUGCGUGAACCGAAAGAUCACGGACAACCUAAGCACACUGACAGGCAAAAGCUAUGUUGAGAGAGCACUGAACGGAGAGGAGUACUGGGCAGUUCAAGACGCUAUAUAUUCCGGACCCCAUCUCAUGGGCCAUGCUGCUCUUGCCAUGAUGGAUGGUGACUCCAUCACCUCGGCGGGCGACCCUCUCUUCAUGCUACACCAUGGAUUUGUCGAUAAGAUGUGGUCGGAUUGGCAGGCGGCGUCCCCAGCUCGGCUCACUGCCAUCAGCGGCCCUAACGCGCAGGAUCCCAACGUAGGCUUUAGCGAGUUCCCUGGCGGUAUUGAAGAGGAAUCCAAAAUGUGGGGUAAACCAACUCCUGCAAUGCUAGCAGUGAUGCCAGAUCCCCAAUCCGGUGAUGGGGGGCCGACAACAACUUUGAACCAUGUCUUCACUAGCUUUGGCAUACUUGCAGAUGUCCAUGUCAAAGACAUCAUGGAUACCCGGGGCGGGUAUCUCUGCUAUGUAUAUGCUUAG